CCCUCUCUGCUCAUCUCUCCUCCCUGUGUGUGUCUGUGUGCAUCCGGACUCAACUCAGGCCUUUACCAUGAACCACUGUGUUCUGCUGCUGCUGGCGUUGGGCGUCGCCCACGUCCUGGGCGCUCCGGUGGAGCAGGUCGGCCCCGAGCCGGCGUCCUGCGACGACGCCUUCGUGAAGAGCUCCGCAAAAGAGGCUCUCAAGAAGAUCAACGGGGACCGGAAGGAGGGCUACGUCUUCGCCCUGCACCACCUGUCCAACGCACACCUGGAGAAACAUGGAGAAAAUGGCGUCGUCUUCUACCUGACCAUGGACGUGGUGGAGACCAACUGCAGCGUUCUGGACCGGGACACCCAGAAGCCCUGUGAAGCUCGUUCCGUGGACAACACACCGGUGUACGGACAGUGCAAAGCUGCCAUCUUCAUCAGCAGGGUGAACAGAGUGCUGCGUCUCUACAAGUACGACUGUUCUCUCAGACCAGUUCCUGCAGCCAGGGUGACUGAAAUCUGUCCCGACUGCCCGAAUCUAAUGGACAAGGACGACGCUGAGAUCCAGAAAGUCGUGUCUGCCGCUCUGGAGAAGUUCAACAAGGAGAGCGACCUGACCAAGCAGUUCGCUUUGCUCCAGGUCACCCGCGCUUCUCUUUCGAUGGGCAUGGCCAAAUUCUACAAUGUGGAGUUCACCAUCCAGGAGACGACCUGCAACAGGGACGUGCCUCUGGCUGAUAAGUGCCCCAUGAUGGACUGCGAGUUCACUCACAAGGGCUUCUGUAAGGGAGGACUGGUCACCCCCCCCACUGGGGUCACUGAGACCACUGUGGAGUGUGACAUCUACGAGCCGGAGGUUGCUGACAGAGAGAAGAAGCUCCACCUCCUCGGCGGAGAGACUGACCACACCCACGAAGACAAACAUGCACAUAAUCCCGUCCAUGACCACGCCCACGGCGCCGACCACGAGCACUCACACGACCACGAGCAUGACCACACCAAGAGCCACUCUCAGCAACACCAAGACCACAACCACACCCACGACGGCGAGCACCACCACACCCACGACCACGAGGCAGGCAGCGCCCACAGGCACGCCCACGACCACUCCCACGACCACGGGCACGGCCACGACCACGUGCACACCCAUCACGCCAAGGCGCACAACCACACCGGUGACGCACCACACCAGCACCACGGCUACGAGCACGCCGGCGCCGAGCACACCCACGAGCACGACCACGAAAUCGCUCUGGACCACGAGCACAAGCACGCUCACCUGCACGAGCACGAACACCACCACCAUCACCACGAGCACGAGCACGAGCACGCCCACCACGACCACCCAGAGGGCAAGGUGAAGAUGCUGCCCUCCAUCGAGCGGCCCGUGACCCUGCCUUUCUUCCCAGACGCCCCUGAGGCCGGGGUCACUCUGCCCGCCAAGCCCGACCCCCAGAUCCCCGGGGCCAUGGAGCCCACCAUCCACCCGUUCCCCACCGCCUUCUCCGCCCAGUGCCCCGCCCCCACGGGAGAGCUCUCGCUGGUGGACAAACUCUUCACGGAGGACCCCCUGUUCAAGCGACCCUCAUAAGGAACUGAAGAAGAACUCAAGAAGAACUCAAGAAGAACUCAAGAAGAACUCAAGAAGAACUCAAACGCACAAACUGUAGUGAAGCAACGACAGGAAACGUCUCGAGUCGUUUGUCUCUCUUCACUUCCACCAUCUAAUAAAACAAAAGAAAACAUUGUAUGAACAACGUCAACCGGGUUUAUAUUCACAUUUUUUCCAUUGGUUGUCAUAGGUAUUAAAAAAUAAACAACUGUGUUUGUUGAAAAAAUAAUAAACGAUAACACAAAUA